CCUAACCCUGUACUUGCCUCACUGGAUUUUCUUGUUGACCUUCGUUAGUUUAACUGCUCAUUUUGCGAAACAAAUGGCUGGAAAGCACCCCACAGCAAAGUGUUUAUUGGCUGAGUAUGUACCCUCUCUCAUUAAAAACACAAAGUACACUUGAAUGCACUUGGAUCCCCAAGCAUACCCUGCAUAACAGGCAAAUGUGAAAACAUGUGUGUCAGCCUUGUCUACUACGUUUAGGAGACCCCAUGUGCACCAUCUGACAAUAAACAGAGAAGACGGUUUACAUCAGACAGCAAGGCCUUAUUUUCACAGGCAUGCAAAUUUACAUCUGCAGUUACCAGUAAUUAAAUACAUCUAAUGUAUGUGUCUACAAAAUAAAAUCAGGCAUAUUAAUAAUGAAAGUUUAAAGCAGUGCGACAGCCAGUAUAUAACUGGCAAUUAACGAACUCAUUUAUUAAAAAUAAAAUACACUACACUUAUCACAUAAAUAUAUUUUAAAACUUUAUACAUAUUUAAUUUCCUCAAAAUUAAGCUGAACCUUUUAAUAGUUUAUUUACCACUGGUCAAACAAAUAUACACUAAAAUGAGGGCAACUUGAUCCAUGCCUGGUUUUUCUUUUUUUCCUGCUCAAACACAAACCGUGAGCAGAGAAGGGAAGCCAGGCCAGCUGUGCAGCCAGCAUUUAUGUAAAGUAAAUCACUUCCAGAACUUGCACGCAGUUCUAGGAAUAAGGUGGAAUGUGGGACUAGGGAGUGAGGGAGCUGCAACAAGAUCUAAUGGAAGAAAAUCAGGAGGAGCAGGAACUGAGUGUGUAGGACACGUAGGAAUAAGUGACUGCUGUGACACGCAGGGCUGCGCUCUCUUUCUCUCUGUGUUGUGAAUAGCUGGGCCUGCUGUACUAUGGCUAAAUGUCCUGACUUUCCCAAGCAUGAGGAGCCAGGCUCACUGCAAGGAGACAGAACCUCCCUCUCUGCUUCUCUGAGGGGACUGAUAAAUAACCCUCUGUUCAGUGACGUGAAGUUUAUUGUGGGAAAGGAGCGCCAGGUGGUUCAUGCCCACCGCUGUAUCCUGGCAUGUCGAUGCAAAGUGUUCAAUGGUAUGUUUAGCCACCAGCUCCAGGCAGCUAAGACAUCUCCUGAAAAUCAAGUCCCAUUUGUUUUGGCUGAUAUACACCCUGAUGUCUUUCUGGCAGUUAUGGAAUACCUGUAUACCAACCAUGCUACACUGAACAACAUCAUUGCCUUGGAAGUACUGACCUCAGCUGUGGAGUAUGGUCUAAAUGACCUAAGAAAGCUGUGCGUGGAGUUCAUCAGCAAGACGCUUACAGUGGAGUUGGCCUGUGAAGCAUUGCAGGCUGCAGUCACUUAUGGACAGACUGACUUGAAACAGAAGUGCUUGGGAUUUAUUGAAAGAUUCACAGGGGAAAUCAUUAAAACGCAGAGUUUCCGUGAGCUCUCAGACCUGGGACUUCUGAGCAUCCUACAGAGUGACCAGCUGUCCAUUGAUGAGGUGCUUCUUAUCCAGGCAGUGCGGGAAUGGGCCCAUGUCAAUUCAGUGGUCCUUGAGGUCCCCGUGUCAGUGGUUGCCUUGGAUGCAGUAAAGGAGUUGCGCCUCUUCCUAUUGUCACCAGAUGAUCUGACUACUCUUGAAAAAGAAAAUAUGAAGGAUGAGCUCAUUCCGGAGAGCCAAAUUGCUCAGGCUUGGAAAUUCCAUGCCUUAAAAAAGGUCAGUGAGACCCAGUUCCAUCUGUUCCAGCGACGGAAGGGUACUCUGCCAAGAGAACACCACCACUACCUGGAGCCCCCUUCCAAGUGAAGAUGAAUGGAUUUCCUAAGCCUUCAGGACACACAGAAAUGGAUAUGCACAUAUCCACAGAGCCUAGGAACAUGACUGAACAAAGAUGUAUAAACCAUGGAGUAAAAGUAAAUAAUACCAUAUAAGUAUAACGCCACACUCCAAAAAUGUUCUUAGAGGGCUGUGGUUUGGCAUGGGCCCACCAAAAAUCCCCAAACUGCAUACUAAAAUUGGACGGUUGUACUGACAUAAAGUACAAAACAGCUUUGCUAUGCCUGUCCAAUAGAUAAGAGGAGAAAUGUUUGUGUUCUAGGUACUGAUGCAUUUGUUAAAGAUACUGUAUAUAUAAACUUUUGCCUUCCCAUUCCCUUCCUUUAUUUGGCCAUUACACAAUCUCUACAUUAGAGAGCAUUAUUAUAAUAUCAGACAUUCAUUUUGGUGACUCAUGUAGUGUUGCCAAAGUGGUGAAUAUUUUUAAGCAUUUUUAUGUCAUAACUCAUUUAGAAAAUAUGUAAAUCAAGAGGGGGGAAAGGAUAUUUGUUGUCUUAGUUAGUUUGAAAGUUUGAAGGGAAUUACACCUUUUUAAAAUGAGCUCAUUCAGUUGGGCUUAUGAUAAAGAAGGUGCAAAAACACUUUCUAAACUUUCAAAAAUAGAUAUAGAAGUACAUAGACAUAUUUUUCCUUUAAUAUUUUGUUAUUUCAGUUAUUUGUUGUAAAAAUGUGUAUUCAUGAGAUCAAGGCUGUUUUGUGUCACUGACCUGUUCACAUAUAUACUAAGCAAAUACUUUCUCUGGAAAUUUUAAUCAUAUUUGCAUUUGAUUCAAAUUCUGUGACUGGUAAAAAUGUAGAUGUGUAAUGCAUGCUGGAUGGUUGAGUCAUAUGAUAUGGAUCAAUAAUGUUUAUACAUAA